GCUUUGCCGGCGCUCCUCAGUCGCUGCUUUUUUUUUUUUUUUUCUUCAAUCGGUGCGACUCGUUUUUCCGCGCAGGAGAGAGGGCUGAUUCCUAGUCGUGGUCUCGUGUUCCGCGUUCCUGCGGCUCUCGUGGCCCGCUCACGAUGGCGGGCAUCCUGUUCGAGGAUAUUUUCGAUGUUAAAGACAUUGACCCAGAAGGCAAGAAGUUUGACCGAGUAUCUCGACUGCACUGUGAGAGUGAAUCUUUCAAGAUGGACCUCAUCCUCGAUGUAAACAUUCAGAUUUACCCUGUAGACCUGGGGGACAAGUUCCGGUUGGUCAUAGCUAGUACCUUGUAUGAAGAUGGUACCCUUGAUGAUGGUGAAUACAACCCUACAGAUGACCGGCCUUCCAGGGCUGACCAGUUUGAGUAUGUUAUGUACGGGAAAGUGUACAGGAUUGAGGGAGACGAAACGUCUACAGAAGCAGCAACACGCCUCUCUGCCUACGUGUCCUAUGGGGGUCUGCUCAUGAGACUGCAGGGCGAUGCCAACAACCUGCACGGAUUUGAAGUGGACUCCAGAGUGUAUCUGCUGAUGAAGAAGCUGGCCUUCUAAAGCUUGCGGGAGGCCAGGCUUGCUGCUCACUCCUCAAGGUCGUGGACCAUGUCCAAGCCCCAGUGGCAGGUGCUGCUGUUCACCUGUAAAGGAGGGGCCAGCUCUCAGUCUAACGUGGCUGCGUCCUUAGCUGGUGGUCUGCAUUCCCUGAGACACGGACUUGCCUGUGAAUCACUCAGGGGGAAAGUGUGAAAUGCAUCACAAAUUGUUUUGUGUGUGUGACUUUUUUUUUAAUUAAACAACUUUUUCAGA